ACCAACAAUCACUUCACCUCUACAUUGAGAUAGAGAGAAGACAACAGCUUUCCGUCAACUUCAUAUCAACAACAAAAGAUUUCAAGCAUCUUCAUAUCUAGAUCCCGAGCAAAAAACUGCCAAAAUGCUUUCAACCCUACAGAGAUCCACCAGAUAUGUGUCUGCUAUUUCUGCUGCUCGAGGGCUUCAUAAGUCAGCACUAGAUGUGGUGGAGCGUCCUGCCCCUGAGGAGACAGUGACCAGCAGUUUUGGCCGGUUCGUUCAGAGCGUCCAGCCAAGACAUCUGUCACCAACCGUGCUGCAGCGCAGCAAACGCAUGGUUUUGGACAGCAUCGGCGUUGGUCUUUUGGGAAGCACUACAGAUGUCUUUGAACUUGCCCUUCAGCACUGCCAGCACAUGUACGCUCCUGAUGACAUCAGCUUUGUUUACGGCCGCCAAGGCGUGAAGCUCUCUCCAACCCUCGCAGCGUUUGUGAAUGGAGUAGCAGCUCAUUCGAUGGAUUUUGAUGACACUUGGCAUCCCGCGACCCACCCCUCUGGAGCGGUGCUGCCUGCCCUCCUGGCUAUAAGUGACAUGCUUCACAACAACAGCAAACCAAGUGGGCUUGACUUUCUAACCGCCUUCAAUGUGGGCAUCGAAAUUCAAGGCCGACUAAUGAGAUUCUCCAACGAGGCUCACAACAUCCCCAAGAGGUUUCAUCCUCCCAGCGUGGUGGGCACUAUGGGCAGUGCAGCAGCCUGUGCUCGCCUCCUCUCUCUGGACCGCAGUCAGUGCAGUAACGCCUUGGCCAUCGCUGCAUCUCUGGCAGGUGCACCGAUGGCUAAUGCAGCAACGCAGUCCAAACCUCUUCACAUUGGUAACGCCUCGCGCCUGGGUCUCGAAGCGGCGCUGCUGGCAUCCCGUGGGCUGGAAGCGAGUCCUCUCGUCCUGGACGCAGUACCAGGGGUGGCUGGAUUCAGCGCGUUCUACGAAGACUACUCCCCGAACGCCAUCGCUUCCCUGCAGGAGCAUGAGCACGACUUCCUCAUAGAGACGCAAGACAUCGCCUUCAAGCGCUUUCCCGCACACCUCGGCAUGCACUGGAUCGCCGAUGCCGCCGCCGUCGUUCACAAGACCCUUGUCGGCCUGAAUGGAGGCAGCGUUUCUCCAAACCUGGUGCAGGACAUCCUGCUUCGGGUGCCGCUGUCCAAAUACAUCAACCGGCCGUUCCCGGAGACGGAGCACCAGGCGCGUCAUUCCUUCCAGUUCAACGCCUGCACCGCUCUGCUGGAUGGAGAAGUGACGGUGCAGUCCUUCCACCCCGAGGCCCUCCAGAGGCCUGAGCUCCUGUCACUGCUGUCCCGCGUCCGUGUGGAGCACCCCCACGACAACCCCGCCAAUUUCAACAUCAUGUACGGUGAGGUGGAGGUCACCCUUGUGAGUGGAGACGUCCUGCGAGGGCGCUGUGACACCUUCUACGGUCACUGGAGGAACCCACUUAGCCAGGAAAGCCUUCAGAAGAAGUUCCGCAGCAAUGCAGGUACGGUUCUGUCCAGCGAGAGGGUGGAGAGGCUCAUCGAAGCAGUCGAAGGCCUGGACCGCUCAGAUGACUGUAAACCACUGCUGGCUCAGCUGCAGUAAAAUGCCUGCUGCUUUACGGCACCAAUAAUGUAUAAUGAAUCUUGUUUUUCUGUGAAACGUAACGACUUGUAGGAUUUAUUUAAUUAGCAGUAGUCCUCAAACACACUCCCUCUCUUGAUGUAUAUACUGUAGAACUGUCGUAUUUCCCACCAUGUUUUAUGCAAUAUUUAUUAAUAAUGUUCCUUAAAAUGCCUAAAGGUUAGUUUGUAAAUAUAAAUGUUGUUUCUGUAGUAAGAUUUUUAAAAUAUUGUAUGAUGGAAUCUUUAUGAUGACUUCUGCUUGAAUCAUGUAAUCUUGUUUGGACAGAAACUCAAUAAAGAUACAAUUUUAUUGCUAUA